AGCUUUUGAUAUUUGUAAAAGUUACAACUCAAAAUUUUAAAUUACAGAAUGUGGAUAUUUGGAUAUGGAUCAUUGAUGUGGAAGACAAAUUUUCCUUUAGAGGAAAAGCUUAUUGGUUUCAUUAAAGGUUACAAUCGACGGUUUUGGCAAGGAAGUGAAGAUCACCGAGGAGUCCCUGGUGCACCAGGAAGAGUAGUUACUUUGGUGUCUUCUUCCAAUGCAGAGGAUCGUGUUUAUGGUGUGGCUUACAAAAUAGCAGAAGAGAAUGUUUCUGAAGUGACAAGAUAUUUGGAUUUUAGAGAAAAAGAUGGCUAUCAACAGAGGGAAGUGACAUUUUACCCAUGCAAGGAAUAUUUAAAGCCAAUUGAAUUGACAAUUUACAUAGGAGAUAUUAGCAAUCCAUUCUAUCUCGGACCAGCUCCACUUGAUAUUAUUGCAAAACAGAUAUAUGAAUCUGAAGGACCAAGUGGGAGAAAUGAUGAUUACCUUUUCCAAUUAGCAGAAACAAUUAGGACAUUGAUCCCAAAUAUUUAUGACGAACACUUGUUUGAAUUAGAAAAACUAGUAAAAAAAUUUAAGAAUGGAAAAACAAUAUCUGAAUUAUGAAACAGCGAGUUGAUUUUAUUACUUGCUUCAAUAUAUGAAUUGUAAAUAUAAUAUAAAUAAUUAUAGUACAAUCCUAUGAUUUCCAGUACUUUUAUAUAAAAAAGGAACA